UCUUCAAAACUAAACCAAACCAAACCAAACCAAAAAAAAUCCUCUCAUUCUCUCUUUCUCUCUCUCUAAAGUGUUGCAAGAGAAGAAAGAAAGGCAUAGAAGAAGAUGGAAGAUCCGUUCCCGUCGUCGUUCUGGGAUCACUACGCAUCGAGCGGUUGUACGUUGGCGGAGAUGCUGGACUACGCCGAUGAGAAGAGCAACUCAUUAGGCUUCAUGGAGCUGCUCAAUAUGCACGAUUCCGCUGCUUUUCAAGAGGAGGAGGAGCAUCCCAAUCAGAAUUCCAAGCUGCAGGAGUCGUUGAAUGCGCCGCAAACGCCGAAUUGCUCCUCCAUUUCGUCGGAAUCCAGCGACCGCGGGCUGAUUAACAAGGAGGAGGAAGAUGGAGACGAAGAAGAAGAAGAAGAAGAUGACAAUGACCAGAAAAAGAAGACCACCAAACAGUUGAAGGCAAAGAAGACGACGAACCAGAAGAAGAAGAGAGAGCAGAGAUUUGCUUUCAUGACUAAAAGCGAGGUCGAUCACUUGGAAGAUGGAUACAGAUGGCGAAAAUACGGCCAAAAAGCUGUCAAAAACAGCCCUUUUCCUAGGAGCUACUACAGGUGCACGAACCCGACGUGCAAUGUGAAGAAGAGGGUGGAGAGAUCCUGCACCGACCCCACCAUUGUCGUGACCACAUACGAGGGCCAGCACACGCAUCCGAGUCCCCAGUCGCAGCGCCCUCACGCUCCGCCUCCUCAUCCGGGAUUCUCCACCGCCCAGCCAAACAUCCAACACCAACUGAUAAACUACUCGCUUCUUGCGAACAGCUACAUGGGAGGCGGAGGAGGAGGAGGAGGAGCGAAGCAGCUGAGCUUCUGCUCACAGCCGCCGGCUUUAAUGGCGAACAAUGGUCUUCUUCAAGACAUUGUGCCAUGGCCUGCGACUAAGAGAGAAGAUGAAGACCAGUGAUCUAACAAAAUAAGGUUGUCUCCUUUUUGUUGUAGUAUUGGUAGAUCAAAGUGACAUUUUGAUGGUCCAUUGUUUACAGUAUGUGAUUUCAGAAAACCCUAAUGGUGGAGUCCUUUUUUUUUUUAUCAUCAUGAUAAUGUAGAUUAUUGUAGCUUAUAAGGUAUAGUAUAUACAUCUAUUUUGUUUCA